GGGGAUUCAAUGGGCGCCCGCGUACAAAAGCGACGCCACGGCGCGGCGAGUUCCUCGUGCCAAUUUAUCCUUCCCAGCUCAGCCACGGCACGCCCACACCAUUGCAUAAAAGACGGCGGCGAUCGCGUUGCUGGGCCGGGGAGCUCAUCGGAACACGCCGCAGCGAUCGCAGAGGCGUAGUGAGCUGCCCGGCGUCGGAGGUGGAGCGUGCGUGCGUGCGGGCGGGGAUCGGAUCAUUGAUAGAUCGAUGGCUCUGGAAGCGGCGGAGGCGGUGCUGCUGCGGCGGCGGCCGUUCCAGGCGGCGGGCGGCGGCGACGGGGAGGUCUCGGAGGGCGGGCAGCCGCCCGUGUUCCUCGCCGCGGAGAGGGGCCGGCCGGUGGACCCGGUGGUCUGGGGCGACGAGGCGCAGAUGAAGCGGGAGCUCGUGGCGUGGGCAAAGGCCGUGGCGUCCAUGGCGGCGGCCGGCAAGAUGCGCACCACCACCUCCUCCUCCUCAACGCCGUCGUCGCCGUGGCUACGCGCAUCAGAUCCUUGAUGGAUCGGUCUGUAGACCGAUCGAUCGAUCGAGGAGCUGAGCCUUCCCCUGAUCCGGUGCACGGUCAUCGGAAUUUUCACUUAACAGAUACAAGUGCCGAUUCUGGUGAGCUAGAGCAUGAAGGACACCAUCUGUCAACUGGCCACUGGCACAUCGUCUUCCUUCUAUUCUUCUUCUUCUUCCCCUUCAAUUCAUUCGACAGGAUCUCCUGUCAUGGUUAUUGUACAUAUGCUGAUUUUCAGAGGAAAGUUCUUGAGAUGUAGCUCCUCUAGUCUAGUUGGCUAGAGGAGCUGAGGUAUGGUCGUCCCACAAGGUCGCGAAUUCAAAUUUUGGCUGGGACGAAUUUUCGUUUGUGGGUAAAAAAAAUCUCCCUCGCUGUGCUCGCCGCAAGAUUUGGCCCUCUCGGACAUGGGACAGGAUUCGGGGGAUUUUUCCGCGGCCGGGUGAAGCCGUGUUACUUUCUCUUAAUGAAAAACGGUGGGGUCCGUUCACCCCGGCCGCAUUUUUUUUUUUGAGAUGUACCGUAUUGAGUCUGUACAGGAUGAUAGUGGGAUAUGUAUGUACAAUAUAAAAUUUUCUCCCUACCAGUUCCAUACCGU